AUGCCAGUCACUCAUCGCAAGCCCGGGACCAAGAAGUCUCAAGCGAAGACAGUACCUGCAGUGAAGGGCGCACCCAGUACAAAAAGCUGGACUAGCAAUAUGGACUGGUUACGAAGGCAGCCAGUAUGGAUUAUUCUCGCAGUGGCAUCGGGGACAUGCGCAGCCAUCAAUGGUGUUUUUGCGAAACUAACUACUACCGCAUUGACGUCGACGUUUGCAUCCAGCAUCGCUUCCCUGUUCGGACUCGCCGAAGAUAAUACCUAUGUCAACCUUGCUCUACGAGGCACCUUUUUUGGACUGAAUAUUGUGUUUAAUAUUGCCAUGUGGGCUUUGUUCACUGCGGCACUGACACGAUCGAGUUCGACAACUCGUGUCAGUAUUGUCAAUGUGUCGAGUAAUUUCUUCAUUACUGCAAUAUUAGGUGCUAUAAUUUUCAGUGAGAAACUGCCACUGCUGUGGUGGGUCGGUGCUGCUUUACUAGCAGCAGGUAACGUGGUCAUUGGUAGGAGAGAAGAGGGCGAGAAGCCUGGCGGGACAAUCGGUCUGGAUCAGACGCAAGAAGGAGCGGAAGAGGCGGAGAAUCUGCUUGUGGACGAUGGCGCAGACGAUCUUCUUGAGUUAAGAGACAGUAUAGACAGCAGUAGAUCUAGAUGA